ACAACUGCUGCUCCUACGACCACUACAGCUCCAGAACCUAUUACGACAACCACUGCAGCUCCUGCUACAACAACUACAACAACUACAACUUCAGCUCCGACGACAACCACAACAACAGCACCUCCAACAACUGCUGCUCCUACGACCACUGUAACUCCACAACCUACUACGACAACCACUCCGACAACAACCACAACAACAGCACCUACAACAACUGCUGCUCCUACGACCACUACAGCUCCAGAACCUAUUACGACAACCACUGCAACUCCUACUACAACAUCUGCUGUUCUAACGACCACAGUGACUGCAGCACCUUCUACAACAACGACAACUUCAGCUCCUACGACAACCACAACAACUAUUACGACAACCAGUGCAGCUCCUGCUACAACAACUACAACUUCAGCUCCUACGACAACCACAACAACAGCACCUCCAACAACUGCUGCUCCUACGACCACUACAACUCCACAACCUACUACGACAACCACUCCUGCUACAACAACUACAACUUCAGCUCCUACGACAACCACAACAACAGCACCUCCAACAACUGUAGCUCCCACGACAACUGCAGCUCCUACAACAGCUUUAGCAUCUACGACAACCACUGCAGCCCUAACAACAACAACUGCUGCUCCUACGACCACUACAGCUCCAGAACCUAUUACGGCAACCACUGCAGCUCCUGCUACAACAACUACAACUUCAGCUCCGACAACAACCACAACAACAGCACCUCCAACAACUGCUGCUCCUACGACCACUGUAACUCCACAACCUACUACGACAACCAGUGCAGCUCCUACUACAACAACUACAACAACUACAACUUCAGCUCCUACGACAACCACAACAACAGCACCUCCAACAACUGUAGCUCCCACGACAACUGCAGCUCCUACAACAGCUUUAGCAUCUACGACAACCACUGCAGCCCUAACAACAACAACUGCUGCUCCUACGACCACUACAGCUCCAGAACCUAUUACGGCAACCACUACAGCUCCUGCUACAACAACUACAACAACUACAACUUCAGCUCCGACAACAACCACAACAACAGCACCUCCGACAACUGCUGCUCCUACGACCACUACACUAACUCCACAACCUACUACGACAACCAGUGCAGCUCCUACUACAACAACUGCUGUUCUAACGACCACAUGCAGCUCCUACUACAACAACUGCUGUUCUAACGACCACAGUGACUGCAGCACCUUCUACAAUAACGACAACUUCAGCACCUCCGACAACUGCUGCUCCUACGACCACUGUAACUCCACAACCUACUACGACAACCACCCUAACAACAACAACUGCUGCUCCUACGACCACUACAGCUCCAGAACUUAUUACGGCAACCACUGCAGCUCCUGCUACAACAACUACAACUUCAGCUCCGACAACAACCACAACAAGAGCACCUCCAACAACUGCUGCUCCUACAACCACUGUAACUUCACAACCUACUACGACAACCACUCCUGCUACAACAACUACAACUUCAGCUCCGACAACAACCACAACAACAGCACCUCCAACAUCUGCUACUCCUACGACCACUGUAACUCCACAACCUACUACUUCAACCAUGACUGCAGCACCUUCUACAACAACGACAACUUCAGCUCCUACGACAACCACAACAAUAGCACCUACUACAAAACCUGCAGUUCCUACAACUGUAGCUCCCACGACCACUCCACCUGCUCUCCAGAACCUAUUACGACAACCACUGCAACUCCUACUACAACAACUACAACUUCAGCUCCUACGACAACCACAACAACAGCACCUACAACAACUGUAGCUAUCAUGACAACUGCAGCUCCUACAACAGCUAUAGCAUCUACAACAACCAAUGCAGCCCUAACAACAACAACUGCUGCUCCUACGACCACUACAGCUCCAGAACCUAUUACGACAACCACUGCAGUUCCUGCUACAACAACUACAACUUCAGCUCCUACGCCAACCACAACAACUACGACAACCACUGCAGCUCCUGCUACAACAACUACAACAACUACAACUUCAGCUCCGACAACAACCACAACAGAAACUCCAACAACUGCUGCUCCUACGACCACUGUAACUACACAACCUACUACGACAACCAGUGCAGCUCCUACUACAACAACUGCUGUUUUAACGACCACAGUGACUGCAGCACCUUCUACAAUAACGACAACUUCAGCUCCUACGACAACCACAACAACAGCACCUCCGACAACUGCUGCUCCUACGACCACUGACUGCAGCACCAUCUUCAACAACUACAACUUUAGCUCCUAUGACAACCACUUUAACAGCACCUACUACAAUACCUGCAGUUCCUACAAUUGUAGCUCCAGCUACCAAACCUAUAAUGACAACUGCUGCAGCUCCGACUACACCAACUGCUGUUCUUACGACCACCAGGACUGCAGCACCAUCUUCAACAACUACAACUUUAGCUCCUAUGACAACCACUUUAACAGCACCUACUACAAUACCUGCAGUUCCUACAAUUGUAGCUCCAGCUACAAAACCUACUCCUACGACUGCUACAACUGCAGAACCUACCACGACAGCCAUGUUAGCUUCUACGACAAACUCUGCUGUUCUUACGACCGCAACGACUGCAGCACCUUCUACAACAACUACAACUUCAGCUCCGACGACAACCACAACAAAAGCACCUACUACAACACCUGCAGUUUUUACAAUUGUAACUUCAGCGACCACUACACCUGA